AUGAACAAGUUUCUCAAGAAACGAAAUGGCGAGCCCGCGCCGCUCAACACAUACUCUAACGACGCCGCGCUCGCCUCCCUGACCAGCCUUUCAUCACUUUCACCUGGCCUCAAGAAGUCGAGUACCAGCCGAUGGAAGAAGAGCAAGAAACCACAACCAGAGGCACCUGCGGCGCCAGUCACACUGCCUAUGCUAUUGCCAUCCGAUGACUUCCGAACGAGUCUGCUCAUGCCGAACCUAUCCGCUCGCUUCAGCAUGCUCCGAGAGCAAGACGACCCAAAGUCGAAAAUUGGCAAGGCGAGCGACGACAGCGUGCUUCAGCCGAAGAGACGAUCACGACUGAACGACUUUGGGUGGGCUUCGACUGGUCUCUCAGACAUCGCCGAGGUAUCUUCAUUACGCAAUGGCUCGCCCAUCAUACCGCCCUUUGCUCGUCGCAGUCGAGAGAUGUCCUACGCCUCGGACGAUGGAGGAUACGCGAGCGAGGCAGAAGCCACAAACACCAGUGUCAUGAGCCGAUCACGGCCAGGUGAAGGCAACGUCCUCUUCGGCGGUCGACAAAAGAUCUACAAGAUUGCUGGAAAGGGCGGAGCUACCAGCAGGGGAAGGCUGGUGUACGAUGACGAUGUCGGAAAGUCAGCAUUCCAACAAUACCGAGCACGAGAGCGAGAUUUCGAUGAAUCCCAGUCAAGUCGACCGUCUGAUGACAGCCAGGGGUUUGACUUUGGUUUGCAGUCGUCUGAGACGGGCGACCAGGAUGAUUCCCCUUUUGGCACGAACGACUCCGCAAAAGAUUUCUCACACUCACUAUCCUUUUCAGGGUUCGACAAGAAGCGGUCGACCACUUCAUCGACCGCACGUUCCGAUGCACGGUCGUCAACGGCUGCGACGUCCGUCACUUCACAAGGUCCUCACAGUGCAGCUCCGUCACCAAUGCAUGCACCGGCAUCAAUGGUCUCCCCGCCGAUAGCGACUUCCUCCGACCGUUCGACCACCAAAGGUCGCAGGCUGUACGAUCAAGGACUGGAUCAGCACAUGCACGAGCAGCAAAGUUCGGCCAUGAGUCGAUUAAACACAAUCCAGCAGCAGCGAAGCUUGAGUGGGUCGAAAACGUCUCCUGUAUUGCACAGCACUAGAAGUGCCGGCAAUCUUCACGAGCGAGCGCCUCACCCGGUCUACGCUCUGCAAGCGCCAUUACCUGCAGGUCGCACAUCGCCUGGCAUACCGAGAUUGAACACAUUGGGUUCCACAAGACGUGGAAAGAUGAGUCCUGCUCCUGCCAGCGGACCACAAUCUCCACUGGAUGAGGAAGUCGAUGCGCUAUCGCAAGCGUUGGAGCCAGCGGACAGAGGUAAAGCCACUGCUAUGGGCGCCUUCAACAAGCCAGCACACGCAUUCGAUGAGAGGCAAUACCUCGAACGACAACAACAGCUUCAGCGGUCGAACUCGAGCGCUGUGAUCAAGAGCAAGGCGGCCCAGAUGGCUGAAUCCGCAGCACAGCGACAAAUCGACCGCGCCGAGCAGAACCCAACACCCGCGUCCACAUCUCCCGAACCGCAAUCGCUGUCACGAGUCGACUCUCCGGCACAACAGAAAGAGCCGAGCAAAGCAUACAACGUUUUCCAGAAUGCUGCCAGUCAGAUGGCCUCGACAGGUGGGCCACCAGCACCACCAAAGGCUCCAUUACCAGAUACGCACAAAACAUUUUUCGGCAACAUCAGUGCCAGCGAAGAUGAGGAUGAGGAGGAGUCAAGCAAGAUUGCACAGUCGUUCAACUCGUUAGAUUAUGGAUACGGACCUGGAGCGGGCAGAUGGCAACCCACAGCACUGCGGCCAGUUUCGGAACAUCCAGCUUUGAGGAACCAAGGAUCAAAGUCGAGCCUGGCGGAAGAGGACGAAGAGGCUGAGGUGAAGAAAUUCGAUCCCACGGCAUUCCUGCGACCCGAUCCAACUAAGCCAUCAAUGACCUCGCCCAAAGUUCCAGACUCUCCAACAAUACCAGGGGUGCAGCAGAAUCUCGGCGGAAUGAUGCGCCAUCUCCGACAGAGGAGCAAUCAGUCGUCAGUGUACCAUCCCGAGGAUGGACAGCAAAGUGACGAUGACCGACCCGAUGUACCUGAAUUUCCACCUCACUUGAGCAAUAUGGUGGAUAUGCAGCAAUCGGUCCGCGAGUCUCAGUAUAGUGCUUCGAACCCGUGGGAUCUGGACGAAGCUCGCAGCUUUGUUGCUCCCGAGAAGAGCACAACCAGUCUGGUUGGCAAUUCAAGUACUGAGUCUGGAGCCCCACGAGAGCCUUCGCAAACUCGUGCAGGCGCCGAUCGCGAGCUUUCUGGAGUAUCUUCAUCACAAGACGAUUGGCAGAAGGAGCUACGAAAGCAACAUAAUCGCGAGGCCAGCACUGCCACUCAGCAGGAGAGAGACGCCUUUGAGAAUGAGCUGGCCGCACGUCGGAACGCUAUCCAGGAGAACAUCAAGAGCAUGGUCGAGCGAAACGAAGGGUCCCGUGGCACUAGUCCUUCCGCGGGUCCUUUGAGAGGCGCUCUCGGGAUAUUGAAAUCGAAAUCUAGCAGAGACUCGAUGAAUGUGCCGAGCAGUUCCAGAUCGACGAGACACCUCGGGACAUCGGACAGAAAAGCGAGCAAUGCCAGCGGUCACAGUCCUGCGAACGAGUCACCACCACAAAUGCCAACCGCUCAACAUCCGGCUUUCAAGAAGGGCGGGACUGAUAGCGAUGGCGAGAUUUGCUACGAGCGCAAAAUGUCGUCCAGCCGGCCCCGUCCAUCCAUCUCCAGCCGCGAUCGCAGUUUGUCAUCCGCCACGACGAAUGGAGGGCGGUCGCAAAGCCGUGCAGGCAACAUUCGCGACGACCUCGAACGCGGCAGAGCAAAAGGCUUGGCCCUGAGCACGACAGGAUCACCAUCCCUUAACCACUCUCCUGCGAUGACAUCAACUGAGUUCGAACAUAAUCCCUUCGACCGCGAUAGCAGCGCACAGCAGCAACAACAGAGAAGUUUCGACCCGAAGGCUGCCCUCGCCUACCAACAGAACUACGCUCAGAACAAUCCGCGUCUGACCAACUCUGGUCCUUCAUCACCGCUUCUCACCUCGAACCCAUCAUUUCCCUCUAUCCGACCUUCCGUCACCUCGCAACCAGGAUCGUACAACGCCUACGCCGCCAACUCACCUCCACAAUCCGCCCACAGCACUCAGCAAUCCGCCCACAGCACUCAACCGUCCUACAACCCCAACAUCCUCACCAACUCCCGCUCGGGCGGACUCCUCCGCAAGAAGACAAUUUCCAAAUCUGACAUCUCCGAACCGACGCUCAUCUCCUCGACCUCCAACAUCGACACCGUCGAACUCCCCGUCCGCGCAUCUCAAGAUCAAGCUUCCGCUCCGCCAAUUCCACCCAUCAAUCCCCGCCGCCGCGGCACCACGAAGAAAUUCUUCGGCCGCACCCGCAGCGGAGCGGACGAUAGCGAAGAUGGAAACGGCGGUCGUUCGGGCGCGAGGAGUCCGAUCGACCACGUCAGUCCGGGCAUCGGAUGGGGAGGCAGUAUGGCGCAGAUGACGGAGCAGGAGAGGGAUGAAUCGAUGGAUAGUUCGAGGAGCGGGUCGCCGUUUAUGUUUCCGGCUUCGAACGUUGUGAGGUUGCCGAAUGCGGAUGGUGCGAAGAAGACGAGUGUGGGCGCGGAGAGGAGGGAUGUUAAGCCUGAGGGGAGUGGGGCCGAGGGCGUGAUGUUUUAG